GCAACGAUGGGCGUCUCGUUAGUCCGCAACCUUCUUCCUUCUAGGCAUGGUCAUGCUCCAGAUGACCCAGAGUUCAAGUUACCCAAGACAGGCUCGCUGGCCACGAUGAUUAUCAUGAACUUGUUGCUGCAGGUAUCUUUCUUCAUCAUUGUGCCCUCUUCAAGCCAGUACGCCGAGUACUUGGGAGGAAGUGCCUCAUUCUCUGGUAUCGUUAUCGGUAUUCCGACCCUCUUCUCUGCUAUAACUUUGAUCCCCUUGUCGAAGAUUGACAAAGGCAAAUAUAAAAUACCUCUUCAUAUUGGCUGCGGUGCGAUGGUUAUUGGACAUCUGCUCUACGCCUUGGCAUACCGUGCCAAGUACUUAUAUCUCAUCCUUAUCGGAAGGAUGGUCAUGGGUAUUGGGUUUACGAACUGGAUGUACAUCAAGCGCUACUGCACCGACUCACGCGUCGUAGGUAUUCGCCAAAGGACGACGCUGGCCAGUGCACAAGUCAUUGGGCAAGGUGUUGGCAUGAGUGCAGGUCCUUUCUUUGGCGGCCUGCUCUUCAAGCUCGGAUUUGAGAACUCUGUCUUCAACGGAUACAGCAGUAUUGGAUGGAUCAUGGCCGCCAUCUUCAUUGCGUUCUGGGUGUUUGCAGCAGUAGCAUUUGAAGAUGUACCUGACAAGGAAGACUCUAUCGAGUUACAGCCGAUACAGGCAGCGCCAGAGGAUUCCACUGUUAUUCACGCUGACGGCAAGUCAGACACCGGCGAAAUUUCCACCGUUACUGUCCCCCCAUCACCACUCCCCGCGCAAACCGAAGAGCCACUCGCAUCACAGCUGCGGAAUAUUACUCUUGCACAGUGGGGAGUCAUUGCCUGCAUGUGCUGGUUCGCGAUGUCAAAUUUCUUUAAUCUUGGUGCUUGGGAAGCCAACCUGCCGAUCAUGGGCGCUCAAGACCCUGACCUUCACUGGUCUCCAUACGCUGCGGGCAAUUUCAUUGCUCUUGGUGGUAUCACUACAUUCCCUUUCCUGCUCCUCAACAUGAUCUAUGCACGUCGUCUGCAGGAUCGUAAACUUCUCGCAGUCGGCGCAGGGUUAGGCAUGGCAGGGCUCCUGGUUUUCCUCUCUCUUGUCCGUUCUGAUACCAUCAACUACGGCUCCUUGUUCGCGUGCUGGUGGGCAGUUGCCCUUGGGUUCAACCUCGCCACCACCGUGACGCUGAGUUUGCUCAGCAAGCAGCUUCCCAACGAAUGGAACUCCAGGACUUCCAUUGCUAUCCAGUGCAGCAAUUACACUGGUCGUUUGACUGGUGCGAUAUGGGGUGGGAGCGGCACUCGCCUCGGCCUGAUGAAUUACGUUGGUCUGGAAAUUGCCAUGGUUGGAAUCGGGGCCGUGUUGUUCACUUCGCUUUGGAGAGACUUGAAGGCAAAGACAGGAUAGAAUACGAUUUUAAUAGAGAAGCC